CAUGACUGUACCGCCCGGAGCAGCAGCAGACCAACAGGAGCCUGUCUCUGAAGGAAGCCUCUGACUAUCUCCUGCAGCAGAGUGAACAGUACCGUCACUGGGUUCUCUCGCUCUGGAGUGGAUCAUACGGACGGGGGGACGUUGGCAUACGGCUGAUCGGGGAUAACCCAGAGGAGGCAGUAGCGGACGUGAGUGAGGUGACUCGUCUGGAGUCGACCCACCCCAAGAUGUCCUUCUCCUGCCGCUUCAGAAGAGCCUUUUUCACAGUCAUCCACAGGGUGCUGCUCAUCCUAACAGUGAUUGGUCUGGUGUGGGGUGUAUUCUACUACAUGAAGUAUCGUUGGAGGAGAGAGGAAGAGGAGACCAGGCACAUGUAUGACAUGGUGGAGAGAAUCAUAGGUGUUCUGAGGAUCCACAACGCGUCCUGUCAGGAGAACAAUGACCUCCAGCCCUACCUGCCCAUCCCUCACGUCAGAGACUCCCUGGUUCAGCCCCAGGACAGAAAGAAGCUGAAGAAGGUCUGGGACCGGGCUGUGACCUUCCUCUCAGCUAAUGAGAGCCGUAUCAGGACAGAGUCUCAGCGGAUUACAGCGGAGCCGACUUCCCAGUGUGGAGGUGGCUCCAGCCCUCUCUGAGCUGCGACCAGAUCUCACUCAUCCCCUCCAAAGUCUGGCAGGGCAAAGCGUUCCCUCUGGACAGGAGGAACUCUCCCCCCAACAGUUUAACACCGUGUCUGAAGAUCAGAAACAUGUUUGAUCCAGUCAUGGAGGUUGGUGAAAACUGGCAUCUGGCCA